CCGAAAUUCUCCCCCAUUCCCAAGUUGCAUCCUGUCUCCAGUCGCCACUGCACGCGGAGUAGUGUGGGAUCAAGCGUCUCAUUAAUCCACUAUCGCCAGCAGCAGUGUUGAGCUGUACGACAGCAAGAACCUCAAGCCACAGGGUCGCAGCUUAAGGUUCAGUCACUGAGAUACUCUCUUAAGAUAAACAAUCUCAUUUUUGCGUUCAAUCACGCUAAACUGUACAACAUUUUGGAUUGACCGCGAUACAAAAUCCCAUUGAUCACGCUAUUCAUGUCGCCACGUCCUCCCUCUUUGACAUUCUCGACCUCUUAUAAAUGUUCUUUGCAUUCGAAUCCUGAUAUCCCGGAAUCCAUUUCAGACAAUCCGCGAAUCAAAGCGUUACUAGAAUGCAAUGAUUCCCCACUGGAAAUAGAGCGAGUAUCCCUACUUGCGACCGAAGCCGAAUCCUCGGGGCUACUUGUGAUUUUGAAGGAGAAGAUCAACAAUGUCCAACAAAUGCUAAAUAUCCUUCUUGAUGGGCAAACAAAAGUUACCGAAAAUUUACAGGCCGCUAAAACGUUGCUGCACCCUAUUCGUUCUAUUCCCGAUGACGUUCUCUGCCAUAUCUUUUCGUUUUGCGUGCAUGAGGUCUACGACCUCCUCGACGAGGACGCUGUACAUAAUUCCCUUGACUCACGAAAACCACCAUGGACACUAUCUCAAGUCUGUCGUUCUUGGCGGAGAGUCACUUUAUCAACCGCAUCGCUGUGGAGGUGCCUCUCCUUGGAUUUUGAACGGUACCGCGAACCUGGGAAUGUACAUCUGAGCCAGUUUAUGCUUGGUUUACAUAUUCAAGGGGCGCGUCAACACCAGCUGACGAUCAGAAUAUCGAGCAUAAAAGAUAUAUCCUCUCACGCCUUCAUACCCAUCCUCCUAGCAUCCAUACCUUAUUGGAAGAACUUACGCGCAUGUAUCCCUACUAAGUCCUUUGAAGUGUUCUUGACUUACCGAGGAUACCUCGAAUCACUUCACUAUCUCAAGGUGAGACGGGCACUACAAGAUAAAGCCACGUCACCCAUCCGCAUUUUCGAAAUGGCUCAGAGUGUUCGUGUCCUGGACAUCAGCUCAGGAUUAUGCUCUGGUAUCUGUCUCCCUGACAAUGGAAAGGGCCUAACAAACCUAACAAUUCAUGGACGGUUUGUUAAGUGCAUGUUUUCCCUUUUGGGCAAUACGCCUAACAUCGAAAUACUCGGGGUGUACUUUCAGGCGUCAAAACCUUUCGAACGCCUAAACACCCCUAUUAUGAUGCCCAAGGUGACCGCUCUGGCGAUUUCGGAAUGGGACGGCGCGGCCCCCUCUUCCAUCGCCCAUCUUUUCGAAUCUCUGGAGCUCCCCGCACUGUCCUUCUUACAACUUUGCCUGGAUAACGAGGACAGCGACAGCACUGUUUUUGUAUUUCCGGAGAUUCUGUCUCACCAUCACUGUCGUGAAAUAAGACAAGUAGAAGUGACUGCACCCAGGAGCAAGGUUGGAAAAGCCGGUCUGGUCGACAUCCUGACCUGCACCAUAAACCUGGAACACCUCAGCGUUGCCGCCGAGGUUGUCGACAAAGACUUGCUUUCUGCACUUACACGUUCGAACGGUAAUGAACGCAUCCUUCCUAAGCUCUUCACCUUCGAUUUACGGGGCUCGGAAUCUAUUGCUAGCUACGAGAUUCUCCUGCAGGUGGCAGAAUCACGUAGGAAAGAUGAAAUCGAGCCGAGCCGACAGGAGGAGGCUCUUGAGAUGGGAAUACUAGAGGAGCUUUACCUAGAUGAACCUUUGACAUUUGACGAUGUUUCAUUGGCUUCACGUUGGCAAGCACUCCAAAGCGACGGGCUCAUUGUGAAUUAUGGAUAGUACUAGGUGGUUAAAUAUGUUGCAAUGUGCGAAAUAUGACGGUCCAAUGAGGUCCAUGUCGUUGUUGACCAGAAUUACCGCUAGUUAUCUGAAUCGUUCCACACGUCUGCGUUUCUUGUUCUCCUCUUCGUCACUUCAUUGAUGUUUACUUUAUCAAUGACUGGCUUCCCGUCGACCCUUUGCAUAUCCCAUACACCAUUAGCCGAGACGUUGGUCUCAGAGUUGUAUGAGGCCAAGAGUCGCAAAGGACUACGCAGCAAAGACUGAGGCGAAAAAUGGAUGUCAUCAUUGCCGAAGGAUCCAUCACUUCAACAGCCAUAAGGGAUGAUCACAACAUCGGAUUCGGCCGCAUCCUCGAGUAAUAGCAUAGACCAAGGAUAGACUCUACUGUAGAUUAAAGAUAUAGUUCCACCUGAAAUACUGCA